AUGUCCGCAGACGACACCUCCACGCUAGUGAAUCAGUUUAUAGCGUCUGUGGCCUCAUCGGGCGAAGCUUCUGAAGUUGCUGCUGGUAAGAUUGCAGAUAAUCUUGCAUCGGGGUCGCUUUCUUUGCUUCAGUUCAUUCAAGUAUUGGGACCUACUCUCACCUCAGAAGAUUUAUCCACAAGGACUUACUCAUUACACUGCCUCAGCACUACGCUUCGAUUGCUGAAGAAAAAAGUCAACCUUACAAAUCAAGAUGUGAAUGUUUUGUUGCAGUUCUUGGUCAAAAAGCUAGAGGACGAGAAACUCACGGCUCACACUCUUGCCGCUUUAACGUCGUUGAUCCAGUUCAAAAAAUUCUUGCCUCGUGCAAACGAUAGUCUUAUCAAUUUGACCACAGCAUUGACCAACAUGUAUGACCCCAGAAAACACUUGGCUAAAGUUCGCUAUGAGGGAUUCCAGCUUUUACGAGUGUUGUUCGACUUGCACCACGAAACUAUUUUCUCGACCAAAGAGUUCCUGGAAGCCUUUGCUGAAGCAUUUAUUCACGUUGCCUCCGGCGAGAAAGACCCAAGAAAUUUACUCAUGUCUUUCCGAUUGAAUGUUUCUGUAAAUGAGAAGUUUUCAUUCGACGAUAGAACGACCAAUGCAUCUCACGAUCAGAUCCUCACUGAUUUAUUCGAUGUAUGCUUUUGCUACUUCCCAAUCUCUUUCUCGCCUCCACCAAAUGAUCCUUACAAGAUAUCAGCAGAAGACUUGAAGAGAGAGCUCAGAAAAACGAUCGCUUCCCAAACUCAAUUUGCCAAAGAUACAUUUCCGGCGCUCUUUGAAAAGCUCACCUCUACGAACCCAACUGUAAGGAAUGACGUUUUGCAGACCCUUCAUUUGUGCGCCCAAAACUACACGGUCGCAACUCUUAGAGAGUACUGGAUCACCAUAUGGGAUGCUCUCAAAUUUGAAGUAUUGCACAACGAUGUUCUGGUUUUCCGUCCAGAGACAUCCUAUAUCAUUCCUCCAAAUGUAGAACAAAUCGAGGAUUCGGAUAAUAACAAAAGCUUGUUUCUCACGCUUCAAACGUUGUCCGCUAUAGUGCAAAGGCUCUCAGAGUCAGACGAGCUGAUUGACGCAUUGAUUCAAACAGUCCACAAUGACCUCAGAAGGAAUUUUGAGUCACAGGAUAGCAAAACAGUGAAGCAGUCAGUCAUUAUCAUGAGCGCUCUUGCAAGUGUGUCUUCAAAAGUUUUCAACAGCUUCGUCGAGUUUUUGUUCUCAUUUGAGGUUUGGGGGAAAUAUGUGAGAAGUGACAUCCAAGAGAAACCAGAAAAUGAUGAGAAUGAUAUGGAAGUUGACAUCUCACUCACUGUAGCACGUCAAAGGGAUCUUAUAGACAACCUUGGAUUUGUUUUUACGGCCAGCAUGUUGCUUGAUACAUCCAAUGAUCUCAUCACAUAUAAGGAUCACUUGCUCAUUUUCAUGGGACAGCUACUUCAAACCUCAUCAAAGCUUGACAAGACUCUCAAAUGCAAAAUUACCCAACAGUUGGUCAAAUUGAUUUUGCUAAAAGAUUUCUUGGUGGGCACAGAAGUUCUGCUCAUUCUUGGUUGGCUUAAUGAAAACUUAGUGAGUGCCAUUCAAUCAAACGAUAGGGGGUGGGAAAAAGACAUAUUUGUCAAAGAAAUUAUCAGUGGUAUUGUCCAUAUCUUGAGUGAGGGAAGCGAAAAUAAAAUCAAUGAAAAUGUGAACUGUGUUAUUGAGAUAAUUUUGCCAACGCUUUUGGACAACUACACGGAUGCCCAUAUUUUGGAAAUAAUCAAUAAGCUUUGCGUCAAUUACAAGAUUUUAGAAGUGUUAUCUAUCAGACUUCUUAACAAGAUCGCCUAUGAAGAGCUAGACCGUGAAAGAUUCUGCGGUAUUCUUGACUGUCUUAUCAACUCAUUUAACCAAACACAGUCCGUGAAACCGUUUAUGACGAACACUUGGUACAAGAACUUCGUUCCUCGCUUCUUGGAUCUUCUAGUGCAGAAGUCUGGCGAUGAUGCAGCAGUGCUUGAGAUGAGCGGGAGAUUGCUUGGACUCAUUGUACGUUACACGGAGAAGUCUCAUCAACAAAAUAUUCUCAAUGACACCCUUCGUGAUUUUUGGGAGAAGCCCGGAAGUGCGUUGAAUGUUCUUGACGCUCCAGCACCAAAGAUUGCGAUUUUGAAGCACAUUUUAGCAAAAGUUGAUAAGGAGUGUAAGUUUCCAUACCCAGUUCAUGAAAAGGUUCAAGAGAACAUCAAUUUGGCUAUGAAAGCUGAAGCCCUGUUUGUGAGAGUUGGGUACUUGCAAACGAUUGCCCUCCUAGUCAACAAGUUCACGAAGCAAAAUGAUGAAUCGAACUCCGAAAUCCUUAAUAAUGUUUUUUCCGGGUCUCACGGUGAUAUUAACUCCUUGGAGUUUGCAACUUGGAUCUUGAAAGGCUUGAUCACGAGAAUCGAUCAGGUAGGUUUGUUUUACCUAAGAAAAUUGCUUGAUGAAGUGUUUGCGUCCGAGGACAUAAGCUAUAGCAGACAGACAUCUAAAUGCUUCAACAUCUUGAUGGCAGACUUGGAUAUCUUUUCAAAUCCUGAGAAUACAAAAAUCAAGAUCAUUUCUGGAGUUGUCAAUUUGAAUGUGAAGCUUCUUUAUAAACAACAGAGUUUUGAGAUCAUAUUAGAUAGAAUACUCAAGGAGUUCGAGACGAUUGGAAGUGAUGAGAGAAAGGAGGUGCUCUUGGGUACAUUGGCUAUUGUUAUUGGAAACAUCUCGUCAAAGAUCUUGAGGCCCCACCUCGGCGAGGUCUUCCCCAUGGUGCUCAAUGGGCUAAGCAUUCAAAACUCUAUCAUUUUGAGAGCAUCUCUCGAUACGUUCAAGGUGAUCAUCAGCGAAACACCAGAGCUUAUUUCUGAGAAUAUCGAUAGUCUCUUGGCGAAGCUUGUGGACUUAUGUACAUCCAAAAUCAUUGUGAACAAAUGUCUUGUCAAUGAUGAGAAGAUACGAGUUCUCGCGCUUGAAUGCCUUGAAGGCAUUUUUAAAGAAAUGGAGCACCCGCAGAUCAUCAAGUACCAGGCGACCACCAGAAACAAGCUAAAGGCAUGCCUUGACGACAAGAAGAGAAGUGUGAGGAAAAAGGCGUGUGAUGUACGCCAGCACCUCUACGAUCUGGGUCGGUGA